AUGGCGUCAAUAGAAGCUGAUACGACUGCCACUGCUGGUGUCGAUAUCAACGAUCUGUCUGAGGUGCAACAGCUCGCGCUACAGCAGUAUACGUCUGUGACAAACCAAGAUGCCCAAGCUGCCAUACCAUUGCUGCGGAGAUCCCAGUGGAAUGUCGAGAUUGCAGUAACCAAGUUCUUCGAUGGCGAAGGCCCGGAUCUCGUUGCGGAGGCGCUCGCAGCACAAAACGCUCCACCACCACCGCGAGCUGCCAGACGAGAGAAUCUCCAGCACAGCCUGCUUCGGCCGAGUUUGAAUCCCCCGACGAGACAGCCACACCCUGAUGCUGCCCCCCGAAUAGUUCCCCAGCCUGCCGAUCAGGUCAUCCCUCGGCCAUCGCUCCUCCUGGCCAUCCUCUUCACACCAUUCCGAGUCCUAUAUAAGAUUUUCUCUCUUCCUCUCAACCUAUUCGCCUACCUCUUCCCGUUCCUCCCCAUCUUCCGCCGCGAUGCGGCCGCUGGAGCAUUAAGACGAGCAAACACGAGUGGCCGACGGCCGCUCUCGCCGGCUGAUACAGCUCAGCGGGUCCAGCGUGAGUUCUCAGAAGAGUACGGGGAGAAUGAGCUUCCCUGGAGUGGGUUCGGCUACGCAACGUCCCUAGACUACACAAAGAGGGAACACGGCUUUCUGCUUGUUGUUCUACUCUCCCCGGAGCAUGAUGAUACGUUGACCUUCUGCCGUGAUGUCCUCAUGAAUCCAGAUGUUAAUCAGUUUAUUAAAGACCCAAACCACAUGAUUAGGUUAUGGGUUGGUGAUGUCCGCGAUGCAGAGGCUUAUCAAGUUUCCACCGCAUUAAAAUGCAAUAAAUUCCCCUUCACGGCCCUUAUAUGCAACACCCCCGAGGUGAACAGCACAACAAUAUCUGUCGUCUCGCGUAUUGUAGGUCCGAUGGAUCCAAACACGUAUCUCGCAAAGUUACGGACCGCACAUGCAGCACGAACGGAGGCACUGGAACAAGGGAGGGCUGCGCGCGCAUUCCAGAACGCUGAGAGAAACCUCCGACAGGAGCAAGAUUCUGCGUAUGAGCGAAGCUUAGCGCAAGAUAGGGAACGGGCAAGGUUGAGGAGGGAAGCAGAAGCUGCUGCUGAAGAAGCCGAGAGGAGGAAGAAAGAGGAAGAGGGGAACGCCGCCCUCCUCGCUGCUAAUAAAGAACAGUGGCGGAAAUGGCGAGCUGCGCAGAUCGCUCCCGAACCAAGCGCUGAUGAAAAGGAUGUGGUGAGGAUCGCGUUGAAGAUGCCUGAAGCUGCAAGAGUUAUGAGGCGAUUCCGGGCUUCUGAUCCAAUUGAUGAGCUGUAUGCUUUCGUGGAGUGCUAUGACCAUGUCAAGGAAGGCUCGAGUGGUGAGAAAGCCCCCGAGAAGCCAGAGGCGUAUGUACACAACUAUAACUUCCAGAUUGUCUCAACGUUACCGAGGGUAGUGUAUGACGUUGAACAGGGAGGAAGUAUCGGGGAGAAAGUAGGGAGGAGCGGAAACCUCAUUGUCGAGCAGAUUACGGAUGAUGACGAUGAAGAUGAUAACGAGGGAGAGGGCUAUGGGCAAUAG